CAUUUUAUUAUUAUGAAGUUGAAUGUAUUUCAUUAUUUUAUAUUCAUUAUGUUGCAGUAUUAUGGAUUAUGUAAAUGUCAAAUGACAAAGGAACAAUUCAAUCUCCAUGGAAGAAAUCAUAAACUUAAAGAUGAUAAUCAUGAUUCUAGAAUUUUUGAACAACCUCCGUUGGAACAUAAACGGGAUAAUACAUUACAACAAUAUAUGGAACGUUAUGUGAAACAGUGCAAUUCAAGUAUUACUUUAACGAAACAAUAUUUCAAUAAUACACUUAGUGUAAAUAUUUCUGACAAUAAAGAUAUUAAAAGUAUAUUCAAAGUAUGGUCAACCAAACAUUAUCCUUAUAGUUGUAUUGUUUAUGAUUGUUCAUCCUAUAAACAGUUAGUUACUUAUGAUACGAGAAAUAUUGCUUGUUCAAUUGGUGAUUGUAAGAAGCAAAGUAAUUCAGGCAAUAUUAUCCUAUGUAACUAUUAUCCAGUGUAAGU